AUGCUUCUCAACGUUCUUGUGAUGUUGCUCCUUUUGGGCCUUACUAAGGGUAAGCUAUUUUUACGGCCUUUACGCUCUCUGCUUUUGAUCAUUUCAGAAAUUUUUGUAUGUUCUUCAUUGCACGAGUUUUCCAAUGUAAGGCAUGUCAGUAAACCUUUUGCUAAAUGAGUGUAAGCGAAAUUAUUGCGAAGGCAACUCUUUUCUCCAGAAAGGUUGAAGCCUCACAUACCUUGUUUUAACCCGUGCUAAUUAAAUGAUUUUGAUAAUCAGCCAAUCAUAAAAAAAUUCCUGCGGAGCCCUUGUAAACUUUUUAGGCCUGUCUUUUGCAAUUUUACACUGCAAAACAUUGAUUCAGCGCGCGCUGCAUGGUUUGCUAAUAGAGAAACUACUAGCAACUUUGUUCGCUAUGCACCAUGUGCUUGAUAAUUCAUCGAUAUUCAAAGCCUUUGUUUUAUUCAGAAAAUGAGACAAGCCUCACUCGACUUUCAUGUUCAAAGAGAAUUAUUCUCUCGGAGAAGAUAGUUUUUCACUUGGUAAAAACCGUUAUUAACUGAUAUUCCGUAAAAUACAAUUUAAAAUGCUUCUGAUCGAGGUGCAAUACUGGAAACAUCGAGAGGUGAAUAUUACGGACACGGACCAAUGCACAAGCAAGGCUUUUGCAUGAAUUAAACAGCUCGAUAUUGGCAGACUUUAUGAGCAAUAGAUUAUUGAGUUAAUGUUUAUUUUUACCAACUUCUAACUUCAGUGACAUUUUUGUUGAUCAAUCUAUUGAAUAGAAUGCACACUCUGUCUAAAAAUUCCUUUUAAUUCUUAUUUUGGCUGGUAUAGCUGUAAAGUGUAUACCAUUGGGUGUGGUGUAAUUAAACCUUCUUUAGAAAUCAAAGUUGAGUUUCGCUCAACCUCUCAAUUCGAUAAAUAUUCAUCAGUAGUCAUUUGGCAACCAGCUGAAAUGUUUUCAUAAAUGAUUUAAAUGAAAUAGUUUGCCGCUUUGUUUGAAAAUAUUUGUGGUCACAUUAGUAGCGUCUAGCACUUGUCGGUUACGGAAUGGUUUUCCAGAACUUCCAAAAGGGCUGUGAAACAAAAAUGGCCGUAAGAUCUGCUUCGAAGCACAGUGGACUUGAAUAGCCUUGAUUGGUAAAAAUUAUUUUAAAACGCCUUCACAGCAGCUGAGAUUUUGAGCUAUGGAACACCUCGCUAAGAUCUUUUUGUGUUUACUUGAGAGUAUGAUAGCAGUGGACAUAUCGAUGUUCAUGGCGACAAACAUACGAAAUCGAAGAAAAUGAUCAGAUAAAAAAUCAGAUGCAUCUAUGCAUGUUUUGUCAUAUCGAAAUAUUACAUUUAUUAAAUUUCUGCUUUGUGGAUCAAAAGCCAUUUAUUACCUUAAGGCAAAUCCUAUACAAAGGAAACAACAGCUCCCUGAUUUUACUGAUUGCAACAAGCACCAAGUAUGCCAGCAGCCUCCAAAUAUUCUGCUCAAAAAAAGCGUGCUCUGGAUUUAAUUCAACACCUAGCCGUGACACAGUUUGUAAAGAACGUCAAUAGAUUGCCAUAGGCAGGUCUUACGCCAUUGUAACAGAUGUCUUUGAAAAAACCGCGCAGGUUUUUAUCUUGGAACAAUCUUUAAGUAAAUUGAGCUCAUAAAAGGCACAGUAAAGCUUUCUAGAUUAAGAAAGACAAAUAUCUCAAUUUUCUUUGUCGGCUGCCUGAUAUUAUCAAGAUAUUCAUAAUCAAAUAAAUUGUCUGUGAGUUUGUUUGUAGUCUGAAAACCGCGCUGUUAUAUUGGAAUGGAAUGAAACUGCUACAGAAUUGAUACGCUGUGAUUGGCUGAUCACAACUGGCUGCCUCGGCAAUGCAGUGAGGUCCAAACCAAAAACGUUGCAAACAGAAAGAAGAGGCAAAACGAUUUACUUAGGAAAAAAUGAUUGACAACUAAAUCUUUAGCUGAAAGACUGACUAAAUAGCUGCAGCAUUCUAAUUAGCAGUAUAAAUGAAGGGACAAGAAUAUUUUAAAAUGUCCUUUGUGGGAACAAAUUAGAAUGCCUUUUAUGAGCUACGAGGUUGACUCCUGUUUAAAUUCACCGUCAAUAGAAGGCACAAUGUUUAAUACUUGCGACCGUGUGAACAGUUUAGCUGUAUUUAUGUGCACGGGAAAGCAGUUAGUCACAGCCCCACAUCCUGAACGAGGGAGGCUGGGAAUGAUUUUUGGGUAAUGGCUUUAGGAUGACACCAGAAAAAUUCUCGUCAUUUUUCCUUUUCUUUUUGUUUUGCCUUUCAUGUGUUUAGGGCCAAUUUCAAGGUGGCUGAACGAUUAAUCUUUUUUAACAAAUGAGUUGUGGAAAUACAGAGAAAAGCAAGUUAAGAUUACUUUCAGUAAGAAAAAAAAUAUUAGACCCCUUAUAUUAUAAUUGAUUUUUGACUCUUUGUUCUUUUCAUAGCCUAAGAUAUCAAAAGACCUGUCUAUCAUUAGCGGCGGUUUACGUUGUUAAUUCCAACUAAGAGAACACCUGAACUUUAUAUUUGAUUUCUAGCAAACGAUAUGGUUCCAGUGGCAGAUGAGGUUGUUAAAUUUUCACUUGUUCAUUUGUUCCGUUUUCAAUUUACCAUUUGGUCUAUACCCUCUAUCUACCCACGUCAAUGAUUAGGGUAUGGAGAAAGGAAUAAUUAAUUGAAAAAAGAAUUCAAAACUGACAUCCCGUGAACUUACAAUUCAUUUUGCUCCCAAGUAACAAAUUGAACGAGAACUUCUGACUCUUCUGUGACGGUUUUCCCAUUUUCACCGUCGAAGCCUUCCUCUGAAUCUGAAUUGUCAUUAAUUUACUUCAAGCAUUAAAAUUAACUUUAAAGUGAUUAACCCUGUAGAUGAACGAAAGUACUCCAGAAAGCUGAGGAUCCAUUUUUUGUCAUUUAUUUCUCAAGUUAUAAGGCUGAUCGAUAACAUUUUGGAGCAUUUUAUUUUUGUUUUAGCUCAAAAUGCAACUGAACCUGCCGUCAAUGCUACAGAGCCUGCUACUACAGAGGCUGCCACACAGCCUUCCACAGGGUCUGUCGCAGUCAAUGCAACAGAGGGUGCCACUACAGAACCACCCCCAGACAGUAAGUAAAUUUAUAUCUUUUUCUUUUUUUUCAACUUAAGCAGUUGAAGAAUGGAACGCCCUGAAUGAAAAGCGCGAAAUUACUAGGGCUUUAUUAACCCUAUACGAAGCUGUAUUCAUUUAAGCUAAUCAAGCCCAAAAGAGAACUGGUUCAAACGAAUCCAAUCACUGUCCAAUGAUAAAUGAAUGUUUUGUGUAAAAUGUAACGUUCACAAUUUGGAGAGGGACUGGGUACGCUGGAUGACAGAGACUUUUCAUGCUUCAAGCCCAAAAGAGAACUGGUUCAAACGAAUCCAAUCACUGUCCAAUGAUAAAUGAAUGUUUUGUGUAAAAUGUAACGUUCACAAUUUGGAGAGGGACUGGGUACGCUGGAUGACAGAGACUUUUCAUGCGCGGUUUCCGGUUCCUGUCAAGUUUUAAAAGUGCCCCCCACCCCCACCCCCAGAUAAAUGACUGUAUUUUGAUUCGGUACUAUUGACAGGUUUGUCAGUGAAGUGUACAACAGACGGAAUGAUGGUAACAUUGGACAUUACCUAUCAUCCCAAUAUUGCUGUGGACAAAGUCACACUGAGUGAUGCCAACUGCAAACUGGCCGAUUUAGGAGGCUUAAACGCCACACACAUCUGGUUGAAUGCACCUCUUGAUUCAUGCAUGACUAACCAUACUACGGAUGGUGAUACCAUCAUUUAUCAGAACAGCCUUGUAACCGAGACCCGUGAAUCUGCCGGAGCUGCUAUUAUUUCCAGAGAGUUUCAGGCCGAAUUCCCGUUCAGGUGUACCUACCCUCGCUCAGCCAUUGUGUCCGUGGCCAGCUUUUCUCCACGAGAAAAAGUCAUCUACACUAGGACAGGUUUUUAUUCCCUUUUAUCUCUGUAUUGUUAAAAAUCGGUCACUCCUAAACUUGCCCAUAAGUUAUUGGAGAGGAACUCGGUACUAAGCAAAAUUACUGCAAAAGAGGAUCCAUUGAGAUGACUAUACUGAAUAGGAUUUAAUCCACGUACCCAAAAAUUGAAAUUACACACUAAGUAGAUUAAUAGUAUAUAUAGGGAGGUACACUGCCAAGGAGCUUUCAUAUGAAUACUGCUCACAGUUUCAAGGGUUAAAUUGCUUCAGAUCGCUUUUUGGACUGAACAAAAAGAACAGAGUUCCUCUUGACUUAGAUCCGAACUUUUUGAACUUUAUGCUUUUACCAACGGAUGGCAAAUGAAACACUUCCACAAUAUAGUUUCAUUUAAAUGGACACAAUCAGUAUUGAAUCAACAGAAGUAAGUACUAGUAAGUACUACCCUGUACAGCAAAAUUAAAACACAAGAAAAGGACAGUUUUUUUUGUGAUUAGAACUUGACGCUAUUACACUAGAGACACGGUUAUAGACAGUUAUAGCGCUGGACUUGUGAUCCGGAGACCUCGAGUUCAAUUCCUGCCCCCCUUUAGCUGGCUUUGUUCUCGGUAGUUCAACUCCUGGACUACCAGUAAUUAUGGUUCUCCAAUACAGUCGACUUUAAGACGACAUUGAAAAGUUUCUGAGAGUUUUUUUUCCUCAUUUACAGCUGAGUAUGGUAACUUUACAUUCACCAUGGAUAUGUACGAGACGGAUGCGUACGAGACCCCUUACGCCGACUACCCUGUUAGAGUAGACCUCAAUGAGCCUAUGUACUUGGAAGUCCAAGUCAAGUCAAAUGAUUCUAUGUUGGUGUUGAUUCCUGUAAAAUGCUGGGGUACCGCCGAACCCGAACCGGACGAUGACAAGUCUUAUGCAUUCAUCGAUAACGGGUAAAGGUCAUCUUCUUAUUCCGAGGUCGACUUUAUAAAUUUUCAUUUAUAGACUCCAUCUUUGUAAUUCUGGUACCAGCAGAACUCCACGCCAAACAUUGUUUUUAAAGGGGCCAUGUAAGGCUGUUUGCUAUCUUUUUAAAAAGAUAAAACUUGAAUACCAGAAAUAAUAUGUGGUCCGUUCUUGUUAUUUAAGACUACAUUAAGGCGUUGAGACUGUUUCCUGUCGUCUUUUGCAACGGAUAGAAAGGGCGGACAUGAAUUGAAACUUGAAAAGUUAAGCCAGCUCAGUGUUUCAAUUUUUAACGAUAUGCCUGAAAAAAUUGUUUUGGUAAGUGCUCCUGGGUGAAAUUUCAGUGUUAAAUAUCUUCAUAACUCUACAGGAGCAUUUUGAGUAUGGGCAAAGAUUUGUUUUUGACUGACUGAAUAAUACGUAUUAAGUUUGAGAGAAUUGUUUUAUUGUUUUGGAAAUAGCUUUGAAUUAAGCUGAAACAUUAACAUUUGUUUCUCGUUAGAUUUCUUGUGCUUAUCAUAUUAAGUGGAGUUGUUUUUAUCCUAUAUUGACAAUGACUAUUUUAAAACAAUUAUUCCACGCGUGCGCGUUGGAUAUGAAAUGGUGGGUAGCCAGCGAGGUGCGUAGCGCCGAGUUGUCUAUAAUCACCUCAUAUCUAACAAACGCGAGUGGAAUAAUUGUUUUAUUAAUAACGUCCACAAAAUAUCGAGAGUUCUUUCCCGUUUUCAGCUUGUUUUUAAUUUUGAGCAGACGCGUACAGUUAAUAUAUAUGGAGAGCAUCGUAUAAUGGCGCAUAUACCAUGAUCGCUAAGCCAAUCAGAACUCAAGAACUGCAUAAUCCAAUGAUUCAGUUUUUAAUAAUAUGUGAUAUACUUGGCCUUGCUAUUGUAGUUGCGGAAAAGAUGAAACUCUGGACUUUGACUACGAACUAAGCGCUGUGCAGAGAUUCAAACUGGACGCCUUCCGUUUCCUUGGGGAAAGUGCUGAUGCCGUAGUUUAUCUGCACUGUAACGUUGAGGCCUGCCGCAGCGCUGACAAUGAUUCGCGUUGUGCAGAGGGAUGCACUGAAAACGCUAGAAGGAAGAGGCGUGGCGCACAAUUUGAUGCUAUAACCGAAGAAACCGUCACCAUUGGACCGGUUGGACUCGCACGCAAAUCUGCAGCUACAAAGCGUGAGUAACUUAGAGAGUGAAAAAGUCAAACUCGAACUCGUCAUGCAUUCCUUCAUGACUCACCGUCCACUCCUGCGGCACAUAAAUCCAUAGCCUGCGCCGCAGAAGAUACUAAACUAGCUUAAAGUCUGGUUAAGUUCGUCUGUGAAACAGCACCGGAAUCCUUGUUCUGGGCCUUCAUCUGUGUACCAGGAUUUGAGCACGCUUCAUGAUUGCCCUGUAAAAAAAAGCUAUUGUGGAUUUGCCAAUCAGGAUGAAAGAAAAUUCGUGACGCAUUUCCGAUAAUUCGUUGAGUCCGUUGGGGGCCCAGAACUAAGAUACGCAGAGGUUACUAACCGAGGUUAAAUAACGUCUGCGACAUCAGGCUAUAAAUCGGAGAGGAAAACAUUUGAUCUAUAAUGUUCUUUACGGACCUAAAAAUCGUUUAAUAUUGUCAAUGAAAAUAUUUGUUUCUUUUUGUUUCUUUAGAGCAAAAGUCUGCAAGUUCGCUGACCAUUUUUGCCGCUGUCGCUGGUGUCCUGGCCGUCGUAGUGUUCGCUCUGGUAGUUGCCUUGGUGAUCUUAUAUAAACGCCACCGCAAUCCCCAGACUGCUUCGCGAGUUGUAUACACCAAAACCUCCAGUGACGACAACAAACAGCUUGUCUGA